CCCCCCACCCCCGGCCACCCUCUGGCUGGGCAUAGCCACACUGCAGAGCGGAUGCAGGAUGCUGCGGCCAGAGGGUCCCCAGGCCUCCGAGGAGGGGACAGCUGCUGGGGCCCGGCGGGGAGACUGCAUCAUCUGCUACUCGGCCUACGACCUCACUGGGCACUUGCCCCGCCGCCUCUACUGCGGCCACACCUUCUGCCAGGCGUGUGUGCGGCGGCUGGACACGCCAGUCCACGAGCAGCGCUGGAUCCCCUGCCCACAGUGCCGCCAGAGCACGCCCACGCCCCGCGGAGGGGUGGCCACGCUGGACCUCGACCUGGCCGCCUUCCUGGCCAUCAAGGCUGAGCGGGAGCCAUCUCGAGUGGAGCCCUGGCCCCCCGCACCCCUCAAAGGCGGCACGGCCAUCACUCAGCAGCCGGUGGGGCUCUGCCCUGCCCUGGGCCCCCAGCCGCACUUCCCCCGACCCAGAUGUUGCUGCUGCAGCUGCAGCCACCUCUGCUGGGCACCCCCAGGCAGCCCCGAGGUCUGAGCUCGGACAA